AUGGGCAUAAUCGUGAAAGCAAUCGAUGCUGUCCUCAGUAUCCUAUCUUUUGUUCAGACAUAUCCCUCACCUCCUAUGAUGAAACAAUUACCCAAGGCACCAUAUUUCAUCUUGGCAGGUGACAGCACCACAGCCUCUCAAUCCUCAGACGGAGGAGGAUGGGGGGACGGCUUUCUCAACACAACACUUUUCGAAGGAGCCUGUGGUCGCAAUUUCGGUCACAACGGUGCAACUACUGUUAGGUUUCGAGAUGAAGGCCGUUGGGACAAUGUUAUAGGGACUGUGAGACAAGUUGAACAUGACUAUGAUCCAUUUGUGACUAUCCAAUUUGGGCACAACGAUCAACUGCCAGCUGCAAAAAUCUCAUUGUCACAGUACAUCAGCAAUCUUGAAAGAUUUGUGACUGAAGCUUUUGCUGCUGGAGCUACACCAAUCCUUGUCACGCCGCUGUCUCGGCUUAGAUACGAUGACUCAACAGCCAGACCGAAUAUUGUCAUGGAUCUCGCCGAUGAGACCAUGGGCACCAUCACUGCCGCCUAUCGCUCAAAUGCUACAUAUAUUGACCUGAAUCAAGCUAGCACCCAAUACCUCAAUGAAAUCGGGCCAGAAAAUGCUUCUACAUACAACCUCAACCCAACGGACUUCAACCAUCUGAAUGUGCCCGGGAGUAUUCUGUUUGGGGGAAUUGUGGCCGAACUGAUUAUCCAGAAACUUGAUGAUUUGGAAAAGUUUGGAUAUCUGCGUGUGAAUGGUAAACUCAAGGAGGAUGUUGAUCAUGGGAUCUAUCACUGGCCUUAA